UUUAUUCAUUUAUAUAUAUAUUUUUAAAUUUGCCGUUUGGAAACGUUAACUUGAUUCAACAUGGCAACCCUGCUCUCUCUCUCUCUCUGUGCGCGAGCUCCUAACUUGGAGUCGGCUAUUUUUCUGCGCGUGCUGGAGUGGGCGGGGCUUCAAGCCCACAACGCUGUCCAAAACAGGCAGUAGUCCGUACUAGCCUACUACGAAGUACAUGUAAAGACGACCAAAAAUAACUAUAACGCUGUGACGAGUCGCCAUGGUUACCGACCAACUCGCAUACUAGUGUACUAAACAGUAUUAUGAAAUAGACCCGGCGGUAGAGGUGACGCUUGGUGGCGCACUUUUUGGACAUACUAUUUAGUAAGGUAGUAUGCGGAUUCUGGACGUGGCCGUUAGGACCGUGUGCCGACGUGAAGCUGGAGGAACAGAAGUGGCUUCAAAGCUGAGGAAAGAGAGGAAAGGUUCACACCACGGCGAUGAUAUCGUGAAUCAGAGGGAAACUCUGUAAAGCUGCACUGCCCUGGUGGGAGAGCAUGGAUCCUCCGGCUGAGACUGACCGAAUGACCUCUGACCUCCUGAACCAGGCGGAUCUGCAUGCCCAGGAUGUGCGCACACACCCUGAGAAAGCUGCACCUGUGCACACAGGUUGUGGAGCAGUGCUGGUGGUGUGCGCGGUGUCCGUGGCCUCCCUCAGUGGACUCAUGCUGGGCUAUGAGAUGGGUCUGAUCUCUGGAGCCCUGCUUCAGCUCAGGGAAGUACUGGCGCUCUCGUGCCCGCAGCAGGAACAAGCCGUGAGUGCCUUGUUGCUCGGAGCGUUCCUGCUCUCAGUGGUAGGUGGCACCAUUGUGGACCGUUACGGACGCCGUUUCUCCAUCAUCCUCACGGCAGUGCUGUGCACGUGUGGCACACUGCUGAGCGUCUGCGCUCCCGCCUUCUGGACGCUGGUGGUGGGCCGUGUGUUGGUGGGAAUGGCUGUGGCACUCUCGGGCACGGCAUCAUGUCUGUACAUAGCGGAGGUGGUACCUGCCGCCUGGCGUGGGAGGUGCGUAUGUGUGUACGAGCUGAUGGUGGUCCUGGGUGUCCUGCUGGGAUUUGGGCUCAAUUGGGUGUUUGCAGGAAUGGUGGACGGUUGGAGGUUCACUUUGAGUGGAGUUCUAGUACCUGCAUGCCUGCAGUUGAUCAUCAUGCCUGUGUUGCCCCAAAGCCCGCGCUUUCUCCUGACCAGGCGCAGACAGAAGGAGGCACGGAAAACUCUCGCCCGUUUACGAGGGACCAUCCCAGACAUGGUGGAGGAAGAGCUGAAGGUCAUCAUGGCAGCUCUGGGCACUGAGCAUCAGCAGGGCUUUUUGGAUCUAUUUCGCUCUCGGGCCAACAUGCGGAGGAGGAUGUUUGUGGGAAUGGCGCUGGUGUUUCUCCAGCAGGCUACAGGUCAGCCCAACCUUCUGGCCUAUGCCUCCACAGUGCUGCGCGGAGUGGGAUUCUACAGUAACGAGGCUGCUACACUUGCCUCCACCGGCCUCGGUGUGCUUAAACUGAUCGGUACAGUCCCAGCAAUCUUAUUGGUUGACCGGGUCGGGCCCAAAGCUUUCCUUUGCGUAGGUGCUGUUGUCAUGACGCUGUCGACGGCAGUUUUGGGCAGCGUAACACUACAAACCCAAACACAAGUGGCCAGCCUAUGCCAGAGCCCAGGCCAGCUAAAUCAAACCCUAAUGUUUAUGGGACAUGAUGCUGGCAUUAGGACAAACACGAAUCAUACUGAUUUUUUGUCAGAACAGAAUUACACUCGCAUUCAAAUAAACCCUUUAAAACACACUCAGGUGCCCUGGAUUUUAAACUCCACAGAGGACCACAGAGCAGCAGUAACGAACUCAGAGACGCCAGCAGAUGAUUCUUGGAAAGAGAGAUCUGAGAUUUCAUUCCUGUCAUUGAGUGAGCUGGCUCCUUCCCUGAAAUGGAUCUCUCUGGUCAGUCUGCUUAUCUAUGUGGCAGCUUUCUCCUUCAGCCUGGGACCAAUGGUGUAUGUGGUUUUAAGUGAGAUUUUCCCCACGGGGAUCAGAGGAAAAGCCGUGUCUGCGGUCUCUGCCUUCAACUGGGCCAUGAACCUGCUCAUAUCAAUGACCUUCCUCACACUCACAGAGAAGAUCGGCCUCCCCAGUGUGAUCUUCUCAUACGCUGCUAUGAGCUUCGUGCUGCUCAUAUUUGUGAUCGUGUUCGUGCCGGAGACGAAGGGCCGCUCACUGGAGCAGAUCUCCAAAGAGCUCGCCAUGAAGAACCAUCUUGACAGCACACUGCUGUGCCACCGAUGGCGAAAGAAGCCCAAGACUCACCAGUCACAGGAAGAGAAAUCCCUCGCAGCAGUCUGAUCCCGAGGGACGAGGAUAAAGAAGAACAGUUUGUUAAUUAGUGAUGGAAGGAUACACAAUCUGAUUAAUAGAUAUUAGGAGAGAGGUUGGUGACAAGACCGAGCCUACCCUGAUACCCAAGAGAGAAAUUACGGUCAGUAAAAUGGCUGUUGAUGUGGCGUUCACAUCACAGUAGCUGUUAGCCGAACUCACAAACUGUCACGCGCCACGUCGAAGCCUGAAAUGCAGCCGUUUAUACAUUUUUUUUGUCUUAAUCCUUUUCUAAGUACAUGAUUUUGAAGAAUACUUUUAACAUGAAUAGUUUUGGAUAGUCGUGGCCAGUCAGAGGUAAAAUACUGUGUAAAAAAACAAACAGAUAGAAACGACAAUGUCAGUACUGUACUGUCUGAGCUCAAAAUGGCGUACCAUGCAUACUACUCCUGCUAAACCUCAACCCAAAGCAGUAUGUAGCACGGUCACUGUAUCUUUUAUAUGUAAAUAACUGCAAUAUCUUUUAUAUGUAAAUAUUGCAGGGAACGUGAAAAGUGGACCUUAACUUAUUUGUCGUGAACAAACACGUUCUUACAGAUAACUUUAGGCAGCGGCUUAAUAUCGUGUCAAUCUUCUAUUUGUUUAUUCGUCGUUGCGGUUACGUUCGUUAACAAAUAAAAAAAAAAAAAAUUCUAUUAUGAUAGGCUUCCGUUGGAAAUUUGCUACGGUACUGAAAAAAGACGUUAUGUGAAAAGUGAAAACAUCUUCAGUAUAGCCAAAAUGAUCAUGUUUCUCAUUAUACCACAGUAGUACUGUAUUCUCCAAUCUGAUUGGUUACAAGGUGUUGAUAAAUAUAUUCUGUAUUAUAUACAGCAGGAGAAGUAAGUAUUGGACGCGUCAACAUUUUUUUCAGUGAAUAUAUUUCCAAUGAGGUUAUUCACAUGAAAUUUUCACAAGACAUCAGUAUUAACUCAAGAAAUCCGGAAAUAUGAAGAAUUCACAACAUUGAAUAAAGUCCAUAAAUAAAGUUAUGUGUAAUAGAGUGGAAGAAACUGUAAGUCGCUUUGGAUAAAAGCGUCUGCUAAGUGAAUAAAUGUAAAUGUAAAUGUAAUGUAAAUGUAAGAAACUGAGAAAAAUCAAGGUGUUAGAAUGGUCCAGUCAGUCACCUGGCUUGAAUCCAAUUGAACAAGAUUUAAAGACAGUAUGUUUAGAAGAACCGACCAAAAUCACACCUGGAUACUGCGGCUCAUUCAUUUCUUCAUACAGGAAGCGUCUUGAAGCCGUCAUUACAAACAAAGGCUUCUCCACUAAGUAUUAAAUACAUUUCAGUUAACGUGUUCAGUACUUUUUUCCCCGUGUCAUUCCUUUUUAUUACACACAACUUCAUUUAUGGACUUUAAUGUUUGGAUUUCUUUAUAUUUGUGGAUUUCUUGAGUUAAUACUGAUGUCUGGUGAAAAUUUCAUGUGAAUAACCUCAUUGGAAAUAUAUUUACUGAAAAAAAACGUUGCCGCGUCCAAUACUUAUUUCCCCCACUGUAUAUUCAAAUUUGCUAUGGUUUCUAUAGUAACAGCUCAUUCAUAGGGACUUGUGCAGCAGACGCUCCUCAUAAACGGGUAUAAAAUAUUGAAUUUUGUGAAAUCUAGCGAUUUUUAUAUAUAAAAAAAUUUAUUUAUGUUUUUGUUUUUUUUGGUGAGCUGUUUCUUUAGCAUUUUUGGAAGGAGUCUCCAGUGUCAGCGCUUAAGUAACAGUUAGGACAAGCUGCAUGUUUCCAAAGCAGUUGAGGCUGGUGAGGGAACAACUGUUAUAAUGUAAGUGAUAACAGGAAUGAACUUGUUUCACAGGCGUUCCACAACAUUACAUAAAUAAAUAAGUUGUUCAUGUCGGCAGAGUGCUGUGGUACAAGGAGAAUAAAACACACCGAGACACGCCGCUGUAGGAAAAUAAUCAACCACAGGGUCAAGAGUGACUCCGUUUCGUGUCAGGCCGCAUCACACAACAUCGUCACUGAUUAUUUUCCUAAAACAGCACACACCGUGGUGCUUUAUUCCUUACCUAUGGGAUACGAUAAGACAAAUAUAAGAUUACUGCACAUACAGUGGAGAUAAAAAGUCUACGCACCCCUGUUAAAAUGCAGGUUUUAUUGGGGUUUUUUUCUUCCACUUGAAUUUUGUUGGAUCCUGUAUCGCAUGAAAGGUCUAAAAAGAUCCGACAUGAUUUAUCCGUUUAAAUUUUAACAGGAGUAUGUAGACUUUCUAUAAUAUCCAUGGUAUUUAAAUGUUUUUUUUGCUAAUUUCUUGUUAUAUUGGGAAAUAGUUUAGCUCAUUUAAAACAUGUAUUUCUAUAUCAUAGCAUUAUUACCUAUCACUAGAAGAACGUAAGCUAAAACUGAGUAAAAAUGUCUAGAAGUAGACUCGAUUAUCUUAUAUUUGUUUUAUUGUAAUCUUAUAAUGAGAGAUAUUUGAUAGACUCAACAGUAUUUAAGAAAUGUUUGUGGUUUUUUUCCCUUUUGGUUGUAUUUUUGCAUUGGGUUCACUUUAUACAGAGUACAGACCGGAUAAUUCGAUAUUUAUGCCAGCUGUGCCACUACUGUAUUUACAUUGGACUUCUGAUUCAAGUUCACACUCCACUACCUUGUGUUAUGAUUUGUACUGUGAAAAUAAAGCAGUCUAACAGAGUCCUGAAAUUUAAAUGAAUUUGAUCACAAAUCCAAUAUGUAGCAUAAGGAAUAGGAUGUGAUGGUGUGUAGUGUACUGUAUGUGUAAAAGUGUAAUAGAGAAUUGUGUGAUAAAUAUGUUAAAUAUGA